AUGGUGUUACAUCAGUUCGAUUACAUCUUUGCCAUCACCAUGAUAUUUGCAUUUUUGGAUGCAUUUAACAUUGGGGCCAACGAUGUUUCCAAUUCUUUUGCUUCUUCCAUCUCAUCACGAUCCCUUAAGUAUUGGCAGGCGAUGGUCUUGGCUGCUAUUUGCGAGUUUUUAGGUGCGGUGCUAGCAGGGGCAAGAGUAUCAGGUACUAUAAGAAACAAUAUCGUCGACGCAAGUAUUUUCGAAAAUGAUCCCGCUGUUUUGAUGGUGACAAUGGCAUGUGCUUUAGUUGGAUCUGCUUGCUGGUUGACAAUUGCCACUUCAAUUGGUCUACCGGUCUCGACAACACACUCUAUUGUAGGUGGAACUAUCGGUGCUGGUAUCGCCGCCGGAGGAGCCUCUGGUAUCAUUUGGGGCUGGAGUGGAGUCUCUCAGAUCAUCGCUUCUUGGUUCAUUGCUCCUGUUUUGGCAGGCUGUAUUGCAGCUAUAGUUUUUGUACUUUCGAAACUCGUUGUUUUGGAUAUUAAAUCACUGGAGCGAUCGAUUAAAAAUGCGCUAUUGUUGGUGGGGUUCUUAGUGUUUGCUACUUUCUCUAUAUUAACCAUGCUAAUUGUUUGGAGGGGCUCACCGAAUUUGCACCUGGAUGAUCUGUCAGGCACCGAGACAGCAGUUUCAAUCAUUCUUACCGGAGUAGUAGCUUCGGUCAUUUACUUUAUCUUUUUCUAUCCAUACUACAGAAGAAAAGUUUUGGAUCAAGAUUGGACAUUAAAAUUAAUCGAUAUUCUACGAGGCCCGGUUUUUUAUUUCAAAUCUAAAGACGGUAUCCCCCCUAUGCCAGAGGGGCAUCAGUUGACUAUUGACUAUUAUGAAGGAAGAAGGGGUGCUGGCGAGACAUUAUGUGUUGAAGAUGAGGAAAGUAAGGCUGCAGAGAGCGCUUCAUCAGGUACCAAUCACAAUACAGCUAGAAAACCUCAAGAAGACAUCGUGGAAGAAAUAAAUAUAAUUAGGGCUGAAACAUCGGCUGAAGAAAAAAUGUCAACAAAACAAUAUUGGUGGUCGCUGCUGAAACAGGGCCCCAAAAAAUGGCCUCGGCUAGCGUGGUUACUUGUUUCACAUGGCUGGACCCAGGAUGUUAUCAGUGCUCAGGUUAACGAUAAGGAUAUGCUUUCCGGUGAUCUUCAAGAUAUGUACAAAAGAUCUAAAUUCUACGAUAACCGAGUGGAAUAUGUUUACUCUGUAUUACAAGCUAUUACGGCAGCUACCAUGUCGUUUGCGCAUGGUGCUAACGACGUAGCCAACGCCACUGCUCCUCUAUCUGCGGUUUAUGAAAUUUGGAGAACAAAUACUAUAGCUGCAGAAUCUGAUGUUCCUGUAUGGGUUUUGGCGUACGCUGGUGCCGCGAUAGUUCUCGGCUGUUGGACAUAUGGCUACAAUAUUAUCAAAAACUUGGGGAAUAAAAUGAUUUUGCAAUCACCCUCAAGAGGCUUCUCGAUCGAACUUGCUGCUGCUAUCACAACUGUUAUGGCCACACAGUUGGCUAUACCGACAUCCACUACACAGAUCGCAGUAGGUGGAAUUGUUGCUGUUGGGUUAUGUAAUAAGGAUCUUAAAUCGGUCAACUGGAGGAUGGUCGCAUGGUGCUACUCUGGCUGGUUCUUAACUCUUCCAAUUGCAGGAUUGAUAGCGGGUAUUCUAAAUGGUAUAAUUUUGAAUGCCCCUCGUUUCGGUGGAGUAUAUCAGAUGACCUAA